AUGGAGGGAAAGGAAACUGAGCACAUUCCGGAGAUGCAGGUUACGUUCAUUGCUGUUGGUAAAGAAGGUAACCUCGCUUGUGGAAAAUUGAACUGCGGAGGCAAAGUAAGAGGAGCAAAGCAAGUCUUCUGUGGUCUAAAUUUGUGGAGAUGCUUCCAUUACCUAAAUGGACAUUAUUGUACGGAAACAUACUUGGGUGGGAUCCAUUGGGAGGAAUGCUAUUUCAUUAGGUCGAAGAAUAGGUGGAGGAGGGAAAUAGGACUCUGAGAAGGAUUAACAUGACAUGAAGGGAAAGAUAUAUUGGAGAGAGACUAAACAGUAUUGAAAAACUAUUUACAGUAUGAUUGGAUAUAAUGAUUUGGGAAGGCUUGGGGGAUUACAAAGCACACUGUUUGCAUGUAUCAGGUCUGAGAAUUUAGGUAGGUACAGAUAAAGACUGCCCUAGAGUACUAUCUGGCUUAUUCGAUUGUACCGCUAGGUUCGAUGUGAUUGCAUUGACGUAGGGACGAGAUGGAUUAGAUGAAGUUACUUAAACUUAGUUACCGUUCUGUGCUUUGGAUGUCGACUGCGACUUUGGAAUCUGUUAGUCGCAGAUAAAGCGUCCUGAUAAAACGGAAACACAUCUUGGACGAUAACCGUCCAUUAAAGAUGAUCCAAUGAGGCAUGCUUCCCUUAUAAUAAUAAUAGUUUUUAUUUAACGCCAGUUUGCAGCCAUUGCCAAGGAAGCACAAAUACGGCCAGCAGUGAAAAAAAGCUGUCGAAAAGGAAUAAAAAUAAAGUUGAUGGUGGUUUUUGUGGUUUAAAGGGUUCAGAAGAAAAAACUGCUGACCACAAACUGUCGACCAUCAAGAAGGGAGGGUUUGCACGGUAUCGGAUAUUAUCAAUCGCCAAUUCCUUUCAUGAAGUUGGGUCUAGUACAAACUGAAGCGCCGAAGAACAGCUAUCGCUGUUGGCCAAACAAAUUGUCCCUGGUGAGACCGACCAUAGCGGUCAGAGACCACAAACGCCAUCGCUACGGUAGGGUCAAUCAGUGGAUUCAACAAGCAAGAUUUGUGGGAGCUUUUCUAAAUGCAAAUAUCGACUAAUAGUUCCCUUAAAUAAAGGAUAAUUUUGCAGAGUUUUAUAUUCCUGGGUAGUUUUUUCAAAUAGCAAUUACAUUUUCAGAAAAGAACCGACGAUAUUUAGCGGUAAGUGCCAGAGGAAGAAAUACAAAGACCUCAUGGUGACUGUUACGUCGGGGUUGAACAUGAGGUCUGAAGGAUCAAGGCCUGUAAGCCGGCAACGUUCUUGGUAAGACAAAUGUCGGUGUUCUAGGGUUAAACCUCUCUUGGUAAAAAAGUGCUGAACGGAUUUUAUUUUCAUCCGCUCUAUAGCACGCAUGAGGCUAAAUAAAAAGGAACAGUAUUCCAGACCACGUCUAACGUACAUGUUGUAAAGGCGCAUUCUAAUAUCCCUAGGUUUAAAGUUUCGGAGGAUAAACCCGGUCGUUCUACGUGCUUUGGAGACUAUCAAGGCAUAUUAUCGGGUAAAAGGCAAAAUGGGACUAAAAGUACCGUAAAUGGGAUGAAAGAUUUAGAAGCGCCACAUGGACGGUCAAUCUGGGAAAAGAACUAUAGAUGAAUAGAAUUUGUAGAAGGCUGUAUGUUCGCUGAUUGGGGGAACUUUAUAUCCCGUGGAAAUUUAACCCUGACGAAUAAAAACGAUUAUUUCCUUUAUGAUAUUGAGAUGAACGCUGGUGGCGAAAGUAAAUAAGGUCUUCUUCGAUCAACAACAACCGUUUGACCACAAUGGGUAAAAUGUGCUCCUGGGGAAAAUAUUUCAGCUUCUGAGACCUUUGAGUUAAAGCCACAAGACUCAACAAAAUACAGGGCAACAUUAAGAGGUUGUUUGAACUAAGGAACGUUUUUCGAAAUAAGUCUAACGCUUGAUUUCUGCCUUCCAUCAGCUUCACGGACAAAAAGGUGGACGUAGGGCACGAGUUUUUCACACUACUGAAAAGCAGAGGACCACAUAUUUACUUAAAAACAGGCACUAAGAACAGAACAAACCGACGAAAGUUCUGAUUUUCUCAUACUGACAGUAGGCUUUGCGUGGAAGCCGGGCUCUCAGUUUCAGCAAAAGUUGUCUGAGGGUUUUUUUGGAAGAAAUUAUUGUUCUGUUAUUUAACUCUUAUUUUCUCAAAUAAAGCCUGUUAGGAAUUUGAAAAUGACUGUCAGAAAUAACAAAAAUAUAACUAGACACAAAAGGCUCAAAAAGUACUAAUUCAUGCAUAUUAAUAUCUUCGGAAAAAUGAAAAAUGACGCUAUGUACGGUGAAAAAAUCAAACACAUUGCUGGCAUCUGGAGACCGAUACAACUGGCAAUUUUAUGUGCAAAAGAAACAAAACCUAAAAAAAUUUGCACUCGCCGAUGUGUCAUCGCGGGAUGCAUCACAAAUACCAAGUCUGUCACGUGAGUCAUCUUUCUAUGUGAAACUAGUGCAGAAAUAUAGUUCGAAAAUCGAUAGUGUCAUUGCAUUAAAUUAGUUUGAGAGGAACGUGCUUUGUUUCGAUAGCGAACAUAUAUAAAAGAACACGUGAUUAAGAAACAGAACAUUUCGGCUGCUAUUGACAUUGCACUUAUUUGGUGAUCAGUUAAACAAGGGGCUUUAUUUGGGCUGCGAGACAAUGAUACAUAUAUUCAUAGGCAUUGCGGGAACGCAUUUAAGUCUGUAGCACAAAACUAGGUACGCCUUUGAGCAAAUUUAGGAUGCAGGCGGCGGAACUAUGCGAAUGAAGACAGCGUAACUUUGGGAAUGCAGACAGCAAGCAUGAUACCAGAAACCAGCAAAAAUUAACAAAAAUUUUAAAGAAUCUGGUAUUAAGAGCGGGCAAUGAAAAUUCCACGUUCGUAAUGGAUUGCAAAUUGUUAGAAUGAUAUUGCCGACAAAGCUAUGGGGGACUAACAUGGCUAAUCCGGCUUACCAGUUUUCACCAGUCAGCCAUAGCUAACCACAUGUGUGCACCCCUAAGGCACACUUGGUUAGAAAUCCGGAUCCAUCACCACUGAACCACGGGAUUGUUGCCCCAUCAACUAUGAUCCAUUAGGGCCUUUCUGUAUUGGUUAUAAACUGUCUUCGAAAUAAAGGCGUAUAACUUCAAUUACCAUUACUAAAAGAGUCAGUGAUUCGUGUCAGAUUGUCAUAGUGUAAUAUUCGGGCAAUCGACUGUAAUCUCUCUUGUCAGUUUAUAUUUUUCAAAGCACGUUACAUUUGCAUUCCCCUGACUCUUACUGGAAAAGGUCUUGUUACAAUACGCGCAUUGUGAUAAUUGCGGCUCAAAUAACUUGAGAAGCGCACUGAGUUACGUGAUGCAUAUCCUCUAUGCCGUUCUGUGGCUGUCUCUCUGUCAACCUUAUCAAGGUUCUGCCUUGGACGCUGACAUGCUGUGGAAUCGCGCUUAUUUCUCUUUCACCGUGGGUCAUUUGGGAUGGAAGGCGGCACGCGACACAACUGCUGUUUAAACAACAACAGAAAACGAUUGCGAUAAAAGGUUUCUACCUAGGUGAUCCAUGCUUUAAUGUAAGCGAGUAUCGGAUAAAACAUUUUGCCAGAUCUUUUGAAGAAUAUGGCUAAUUACCAUAUACACGCUGAUCUAUUAAGUAUGCUUAAGAGCAAAUCCCCUCAUUUCUUUAAAAUAAGUGCAUAUGAGAAACUUUUUUAGUAAUACUUGUAAGGGCAAUUGACGCCGCCCGCCUCUUGACGCGCAUCUGACUAACAAGAGGAAGAGCGAUUCGCACUAGGGACAAUUCCCGACUGGCCAUCGUGAUCAGUAAGAUGCAUUCUCCUUUCGAGAGUGUACAUGAUCCUUCAGACAACCGACUGGGUUUUCAUUAUUAUUAAUUCAAUAGUUAAUUGAGCCUCACUAAACCGACCUAUGCAAAGAACACUCUCCAAAACCAUCUUGAUCGCAAAUGGCAGACGUAGUCCAUGAUCUUGGUUAGUGUAACGUAACUCAAAAAGUUGACAGCGACCAUACGGAGACACAAAGCGUCGACUUUUAUCCAACUGAUUUCCUUAUGCACGGAGAACUUUCUUAAUGCACCUGGCAUAUUUGGGUCUGGUUUUUAAGGCCUUUCAUAAAUGUAACGAACACAGUCCAAUCCAGUCACCCUCCAAAACCAUUUUGUCCCAAUACAACAAAAAAAGAGUUUAAGACGUUUUCGUAAUCAAUCCCUUUUAUUUGGAACAAGUGCUUUGUUUUUCUCACGAGCAAGCAUUGUUUUACUGUAUAAAUUGCAAGGCUUUCUAGGACGCCUUGCUGAACGCGCUGUUUCUCAGUAUGACCACUAUGAAGCUGUUUCCGAUAUUCUUACUAACCAUUAUCUGUGCAGGUAAUGUCAAUAAAAGUACAAACUAACAUUAACCAGUCCUUCUUCAUGCUAAAAUUUGCCUGCUGAAAAAUAAAUUUAUUGCAUUAAAGCAUUUUAAUCCCUUAGAUAUUUACGAACUAGCUAGAUUAUGAUACUUAUUAAAAUCCUUAAUGGAUUUUGGCAACGUAUGAAUAAGUAUUACUGAAACGUACGUCACAUGCUAUGAAUUUAUGUGCAUUUAUUAUUUCUAGGCGGUCGCUGCUACGGGUAAGCGAAAUUUAUUCAAGGAGCAUUGACAGAAGCGUAUGUAAUGAUUGCUUACGAAAUCAAAAUUGUAUAUGAACUGCACAGCUGGAUAACCAAACUGUGCGGUUCUGAAAACCUGAGUUUUGCUCAUGUAUCAUCUCAGAAAAUUUCUUUUAUACCUUUUUACACUCUAGUUUCAUAGUGUUACCAUUUCACCCGACCCGAUUAGACCACAGGCUACUCACCAAAUCUCAUGAAAAAAUCAUUAAAAGUGACCGGUUUUGCGCAGUUAAUUUGGAGAUUUUGUAAACACAGUUACUUAUUGUUGUUCACAUGUGAAUGUCCUGGUUUGAUAGCGUUUUUAAGGACGUAUGAAACGCACAGAUAGAAGACACAUAUAAAGUACCACAAAUCAAUGUAACUAGACUAAUUCACCGUCUCUAAAAGGCGAAAAACCAUUGUAAAGUAGAUCGCUUUGUCUUAAAAUCUAUACUGUUUACGGCAUAGCACGUAAUCCUUUCAUUAUUGUUGUAUUUUUAAUCUUAACCUUCUUAUCCAUUUUUAUUACAAUACUUUGCGUAAUAGGCGCGUCACUGACAGUUAAUUUACUUUGGUACAUUUGAGGAGAAUAUUUUGUGUUAUUUGAGCGAUUCGUAAAAGAUGCUGAAAAUAGCAGCCCCAGCACACAAAGCCAAGCAAUGUUCGUUAUCGUUGUUUGCACGACUAAAUUGGAAAAUGUGUCUUUAUACUGAGGCAUUGUGAAAUCAAAAACCCCCUCCACUUUUCAAAGUUAGUCCCAGUUGCAACCUUCACCACUUCAGUUAAGUUUCCAUUUCCUUCAAAAGUAAAACUACAGAAAAGCUAACAAAGCUAACGAAAUUAGCAAACGUAACUGCCCUGUCCAUCUUUUCGAUAGUUAUAUCAACAAUUUCAGACUUUUCGCUGAUACAUUUAAGGUGAUAUGGAAUAUCACAGUCAUCGCACCUGUGAAACUAUAGAAUGAAAAUGCUAUCGUGUAAUUGUAAAUUCCAUGGGUUAAUAAGCGUAAUUUGUCUUACUAAAUGAGGGACAACAAAAAAAUUAGCAAAAUCACAGCAUAGUCUGAUGUUGAGAUCGGUGUUAUCCGAUGAGUGCUGAUAAAGCACCAGACCUUAAGACUGGAUAUGAUAUUUACGAUCGGUUUUUACCCUGAAUUGUGGCGAUACAGAAGUUUCUCUAGAUAACGUAAUAUAUAUAAAUUUGAACGAGGUUACGUAAUGUAAUUCACAUUUUAAGUGUAAUUUCUAAAAUACUGAAGCAGAUAUUUACCAGUUGCAUUUUUAUCAUUAAUACAGUGAGAAUGCGGCCACAGAAGCAAGUAAGGAUCUGCGUCUCGGGGAAUCAGGUUAGUUUACUACCUCUAAAUGCAUAGAUGCAUGAAAAACGUUUACAUCAUUAGACUACAUCAAUAUAAAGCUGAAGAAGGAAUGUUGUCACAUGGAAUUAAGUACAAUUUAUUUAUCUGAAAGUAGGGAAGUGCCGUUUAUGGGACCGGGUGAUAACUUUACUGAAAGACUGAUGACAAAACGGAUAAAAUCGCGACUUAUAAACACGAAAAGGAACCCAAAGACUGCAACAGCCUGAAGUCCGAAAGCAGUAACAUUUGCAGUAAUUUAUGCAUUUCAUAAAACAUAGAACAUCUAGCCCGUCAACUAAACCAGACCGCGCGCACUGUCCUUUAUAAUUUUACUUGUAAAUUCUGUUAAUCACCAACUAAUGUAUUUACCUCAUUGCAGCAUUUGAAAUUAAGGGACACAGCUACAGUGCGGUGGUUACAAUGAAGCAACCUGAAAGAACAGCAGCCAUGGUCAGGGCAUUAGCUCUCCGAGAAGGAGGCACUCAGAAAAGCUGCACAAUGAGGCCGCAAAACGAUGUUUUAUCGUGUGUGAUUUCACGUCUUCAACCAAAUUCUAUUUACACUGUUGCGCUUGAAACGUGCAUGCAAAACGCUGCCUGCACUGCCUACAAGAAUAGCAUACAGGUUCGGACGACGCCAAGCGGUAAGAAUAAAACGUUUUUCGAAUUCAUUGCAUAACGGUGGUUUCUGCCUAAAAAACUAAUUGUCCACUUAGUACUGAGUGUUCAUGCGGAGAACACAACAUAGUUCACGCGAUUAUGAAAAAUUGUGGCGCAUUGUAUGACUUUUAGUACUGCAGUUGUUACUUUUCUGCCAAGGAAACCCUCUAGAUAUUAUUUCUGAACGCCCCUUAGCGGUUCCAAUUGCGCAAUGAAGUUGAGAUAAUUUAAUCAUCAGAAUAUGACAAACGCGAUUUAGAUACGUCAGCAUAUUAGGGGUAAAAUUUUAGUAACCGUUUAUAACGUGAAAAUGAACACGAAAAUGUCAGUUUGGUUGUUCAAAUUGAGCAGAUUGUCUAAUCAGUGAAUUCGGACGUCUUUUAUCUCACAAAUUGCAAAAAGCAAUUUCUUUCGUAAUAUUCCAUUUUCCUAGAGCACACAACUGCAUUCGUUUGUUAGAAGAAAAGAUGAUUGCAAAUUUUCUACACGAAAAUUCAUAAACCAUUACCAUUAUCCGGGUUUGCUUUAGCUCCUCGAUAUAUAUCCGUCACACAUCGGACGAGCAGCACAUUUGAGGUCUUCUGGGUUAAAUCACUUGAAGAUGUGAAUGGUCAAUACGUGUACAAAGUGAAGGCUGUUGGUGGCAAUACAAUACACACCUGCGAAUCAUCGUCAUCUUCAUCAUGCAUUGUGACAAAUCUCGCAAGGGGCACCAAGUAUGAGGUAUCAGUUUCAGCAUGCACCGUUGAUGAUCACUGCAGUGAUUACACAACUCCUGUGCUUGGGGAAACGCUACCAAAUCGUAAGUUCCCGGAAUGCAUUUGUCUUAAUUUGUUGUGCUUUAUUGUUGGCAGUUUCUGCAUCUGAAUUCACGGUGAAAGAUGAACGGAGACAAACGCUGUCACAAACCAAUAGAUGAUUCCACAAGCAGAUCUUGAAGCUCAAUUCAUUAAGUGUCCACAGCCAUAUAAGUGAAUUGGCAUCUCUUGGAAUGUAUGUGUAGAGAAGUAAUUUGUUGAAGAUAUUUUACAUGAUUCUGUGUUGACUCUAGAUCUCACACGUCAUGGCAUAUCAUAUUUCAGUCAAACAUACUCUAACAAUAAACAGUGAAUGCUUUCAGGUGAUCACUUUCUUUUGCUCGUCCUAAACGUGCCAAAACUGCGCGUGUCAUAUGCUGUUUUGAAUAAUAGACAUAUAUUGUUAUGGUCACAAGGAUAAUGUCUAACACCCGGGAACGUUUAAAAAGCACAAGUUUAUGAAAGUGUAAACCCACCGUGGCUUCGAAUUUGUAGGAUAGAAUUUCCGAAGAGCAUAAUCAACAUCUCAUCUUCUGCAUCAGACGGGGAUCAACAGUCACAUUUCUGUAUUUUCAGCGCCGCAUAGCCCCCAGUUGGUUCAGAAAACAGAAUGGGCUUUGACUACGUUAUUCAAGCCCCCAGCAGAUGACGAAAAUGGCAACAAAUUUGUUUACGCUGGUACCUUUGAAUCGACCAGCGACGUCAAUUUCUAUGGAGGCGGUUGCGAAACAAAAAAACUAACGGACACAUCUUUCUGCAAAACGCAGUUCCUUGCGCCUGCAACGCAAUACAAGUUCCGUACAUUUGCAUGCACACACGAAACGUUUCUCUGUGCUGAAGGAGAGUCAAAAAUCUUGGAAACCGCGGUGCCACGUAAGUUGACAAUGAUUAUUUUUUAUAAUAUUUUGAAGUUUUACCUUCAUUGUGGACCGUCAUAUCUUUUUUUACUUCGUUUUUUGCUUAACGUAGACAAAUUUGGAUAAUCACUCAUUGCCCAUUUUGAGCAGUAAUCCGGGGUUAAUUGAGCAGGCACUUCAAGUCUAUAGUAUUGAGCAGGGGGUUUGAGACGAAAGAUAUUCGAAAGGAAUGCUCUCAGUUAAGUUACACAGUUAGAGUUUUUAGGAAAUUUAGUUUGGUGGAGCACGCUCGCGAACGUUCUGACGUAAGGGUUCGUCGAACUAUAGAAGUGAAUCGAUCUCAGAUCUAAAUGUCGGCUCCAGAAACUUAAAACCUUUCAGUGCAUCCACUUCGCAUCCGUUUUUUUUAACGCUUGACUGCUUUUAUAUAUAUAUAGGUGAAAAAUACCUUCACACGGCUCAACUAGAAGAUGGUCGUAUCCUCGCCAAAUUUUAUUCGAAUAUGAAAAAUGAAGACAACGGUGAUCGUUAUUUCCGUCUGCGAGUCGAUGGUCUGCCGGAUGGAGUUGUUAAAAUGCCAGUUAGAGAGGGAUACUUCACUCAUACAUUUAGCGGAGUCCAACCAUUCACUACGUACUUUUUCUAUUUGGACGUUUGCAAUGGAGCCGACUGCUCGAACGUACAUUGGGAUAUCGCUUCGGGUUUCUUUGGAGGUAACCAGCUUUGAUCUAUAAUUCUGACCAAAUCGAUGUUUUAUGUCUAAAGGAAUAAGCAUGUGCUAUAUUUUUGAAACUGUUCUAAAACAAAGCAGUGAGGUGCCUGAUAUUAAAUAAGUAACCGUAAUUGAUAUUUUGACCACCCUACACAACAUUUUCUUUUCAAACCGUUUAAUAAGGAGUCACUAUAGUUCUGUUUUCGUGACUUGUCGUCGUAUAAGUUUUGUUACACUCCAAAAACCAGUAGCGUUUGGUGGCGCUCUUCGUAUUGUUACACUACUUUAAUUCUCAAAGGUCAGCUAUUAGCUAAACAAAAUGACGUAUGAGAUUGACCGAAGUCCUAACAACGUGCACACAACAUCCACUCUAAGAAAAUCGCAUAUAAUAUUUGUUAAUAAAAAUACUGAUUUGCACCUAAAAAUGCCUGAAUUUUCGCAUGAUUGUAACACAUUAGUUUCUUAAAACCACCUCUCACAAAGUUGCUUCGACUUUGAGUGCAAGCGUAAAUUGUCUUCCUUAUUGUCAAUUGCCGUUGCAUAGUUGCUUUUUCUACUGUGCUACAAAAACAACCUGCUAGAAUAUUAAACGUUACAAACAUGGAUUUGCAUUUAGGCGUGAAGGCGAAUCCACCGACGGAAAUCACUCAGACAACGGCUUUCGUCAGUUGGUCAGACAUAUAUGGUACAUUUGUGAACCUACCCUAUGGCUUCGCUUACGCCAUUCCAGAGGACAAGAGCCUGGGUCAACAACAGUGCGUUGGCGUAGAUCGCAACAGCUGCACGCUACAACAUCUGCGGCCCGACACUGUGUACAAUAUUGUCAUAAAAGGUUGUGAAAAUCUAGGCAGAUGUUACCGGCUGACGAACCCAAUAAAAAUAAGGACUGCAAAAGCCGGUAAGCCAACCAAACACCAAACUGUAGCGUUUUUAAAGAAAAGUUUAAAUCAAGUAAGUGCCUUCUGCGGUACUUCCCUGAGUUUAAGCGAACGACUUGCUGAAAUAAGACUGUCGCCACAAGGGGUCUUCUGAAAAAGAGUAGGCCUCUAUCAAGCGGCCAAACAAAUAAGGUAAAUAACACCGUUUGUUCUAAAGAAAACCUCGUUCACAUAUGUGAUGAACAUUUUAGUUUUUUGGAAAGCCUGGCGACUUUUGAUGGACAAUGACUUUGAUCACCUGCUCAGUGAUCUGUGUCUCUUCUUUCGCAUGGUGCCCUAAUAAACCGUCUGGUCAUUGAACAUGGAUUGAUUGCAUAAUUAAUGUUCAUUAGGCGGAAAAUCGAUGAAUUAGUAAAAUUGAUGCCUAUGCAUACUGCAUCCGCAUUCACCUACCCACAAUCACCUUGAAACGGCAAAGAUAGUCAGAUUUUUUCUAAAUUACAGAAGUAGAUGGAAGUAUGCUGUAUGACAACAUGCUCGAGUUAAAGUAAAUUUAUGAGGGUUAGCUAUCGCGUUUGUCCUAAUUUACCGGCGAGAGUAUGUAAAAUGGACGUAUGUAGUUGGCACCGAAAAGCAUCACCUAAUUUGGUAAACGCCGACCAGUAGUUCAACGAAUGCAUAGUACGAAAUACGAAUUAAAUAAAAGCCGGGUAUAAUAGUUGUUUCACAGAAAAAUUCAUUUGAGAAGCUAAAAGCUUAGACUGUGUUGAUAUAUGGCAACGUUAGAAAAUUUAGCUUGUGAGAUGGCUUGCAAAGGGUUCGUUGCUGUUUGUAAAAAAUUAAAACAUGUUCUACUGCAUUUCUCGUUUUUCUAUCAUCCGGACUCAUCUGGUUAUAUUUUGUACAUAUUUAUGACAGAAAGGUCUACUAGAUAGUCAGUACGUUUUCACCAUUUAUAUGGGGGGUUUACUUAUCAGCAACAAUCCGGUAAGACAAUUGUUUUGGAAUUAGUAAGACCAGCAUCUGUUUGAUGCAGAGUGCAGUAGAAGUCUGGUACGCAACCGUCACUGCAAAAUGGCCUUUUCAAAUAAAUAUCUCAAUAAAAUCUGCAUCCUUAAAGCAAAGCCGAUUUGGAAGGUUGCAUGUAACCUAUUUCCCUGUUCAGUCAUUCCUACUUUAUUUUUAUUCUAAACAUAUAAGGACAGGGGAAAGAAGAGAUUAAAAAAGUAUGAAUUUUGAUACAGUAUAUAUGCUUUGGACAUUCGCUUUAUCCACCUCCAUGCGGUUUUCUGUAGAUUCCUUGGAGACUGUUUCGGACGUUCGUGUCAGUAAUGUCACAGCCAAAUCCUUCUCUCUGACAUGGACGCAACCACCGGCCGACAAAGACGACUCCUUCGAAUACAAGAUUGCCUUGAAAUCACCAGGUGACCAACGAACUGCUGAAAGGAGCUUCUUUUGUGAAACAACCUCGGUCGAAGGAACGAUGUCCUGCCUGGUUGAAAAUCUACCUACCGAUAGUUCAUACUCGGUAACAGUGACUGCCUGUGCUACGGCCAAUGCUUGUUCAGAACCUUCGAAACCUAUCAUCGUCAAAACUGCCAAUUAAGGUGGGCUACAUGGAUUAACAACGCUUCUACUGAUUAAAAGGGACGCAUUCUAGAUUUUCAUAAGGCCCACAAGGAAGUGCAUAAGGCUACAAUGGGCCUCGAUUGUGUACAGAUGAUAGAACCUAGAUAUACUGUAUGAUUUACACGGUUCGUGACAUUUGUUUAAUUCUGCAGGACAAUUUCACUUUAUUCAAAGCCCUCAUCAGGACCCUGUUGUUCGUUAUGCCACAAGUUUACCUACUGCUCAUAGUCAGCGGUAUGUGUUGUUGGUUUUGAACGAAAUAACCUUGCUGGCCAAUUGUCGACAGCUGAUCCUCCCAAAUAGGGUUUGUUACCUUGUUAGUGUUUGAUGUUUCCUUUACGCAUGGCGUAAAGUGCGUCGCGCGGAAUUCACAUAUGAAGACAGCGCAAAUUGACUGACGAAGUAUCUUUUGCAAAUUUGAAGCAACUAGUUUUCUUAUCUGACCGUUAUUUUUCGACUCACUAGUUUCAAAUCAAGAACCAAUAACCUUAACGUUUUUCGUAUCUUUCUUUUCAGAUUUGACGAGGAUUUAUUAAUUGCAAUCAGGUAAAUCUGUGAAACAGUUUUUGAGAGAAAUAUUUGCAGUCACAUAAACAAUACCAUUUAAAUUAUUGUCAUAUUUGUAAAUUGACUUCGGACAUUGAUGAUGGCUAACGAUGACUGUUCGACCUUGGUUUCCGACCAUGUUCGGCGUGUGUCCCACAGCUGCGUGGGUGGAGAGACGCGCAUUUGCGAGUGAAUUAGUUUUUAGUGGUAGUAAACUUGCCAGCAUCUACGACACUCUCUCCCCCUCACCCACCUGGGCCUGAUACUGACAGGAAAGCUGGGGGCAUGAUUUCUACGAAGGUGAGGAAAAUGAGGAUCUUGUACAGUAGAUAUGAGGCCAGGUAAACCCGAUAACUUGGCAUUAACGUUAUGAGUAUAAGAAACCUCGUUUAAGGGACUACCAGAAAUCGCGUCUGAGAUUUUGACAGUAGGGAGUUUUAUCCACCGAUGACAAACUGGUUUCCCACCUUGUCUCACUGUUCAAGUCUAGACAUAUUGUAGUGCUCUGUAUAGCAACCUACAGUAGGUGAGCUAACUCAUGAAAUAUCAACCGAAAUUCCGAAAUGCGUUUUCAUUUCGAAAUGAUUAAUUAAGUAGGGUUGUAAAACUAGUCAGUCUGCAACAUAAUUCUAUAAUAUUGCAAUUACCGCAGGGUGUCCGCCUUCGGAUGAACUUACUUUUGGCCGUCUGCAAAAAUUACAAUCUGUAAAAAAUGACCAGGUAUUUAGCAUGAAUUUUUCUCAUUGAUUUUCGAUGCCCCUAAAAGUCCAAUUAUAUUUCAUUGAAAGCAUGCACAAACUAUUCAUUCUUUUAAUCAUUUGGUAGAAAAUUGCGUCUUCUUUCGAUCUUGUACUCGAAGGAGGAACAUAAUUUGGUGUAAGGAAAGUUUAUAAUUGUAGGAAUUUUAAAUACUGUGAAAUGACCGUUCAUAAAUCGUCAUGUCUGUACAUUAACCAAUGUGGCUUGUAAAGUUAACAACAAAGAUCGAAUCCACUGCUAAAUUUUAUGAAUUCUAUAUGGUUUCCCUUUGUUAUCGUAGAGAGAUGCGUGGUUUUCUGUGCGCGGAAAAUAUACGGCUUGUAGUUUGGAAAACCUGAAUCCAAGUGUAACAAUAAAGCCGGUCGAAAAUUAUUCGGGAAUUAACAAAGUUUUUGAAAACCGAAUUAUACCCUUCAUUCGAGUAUAAGAUUGAAAGAAGACGCAAUUGUCUACCGAAUGAUUAAAAGAAUGAAUAUUUUUAUGUAUGCUUUCAAUGAAAUAUAAUUGGACUUUUAGGGGCAUCGGAAAUCAAUGAGAAAAAUUCAUGCUAAAUACGUGGUCAUUUUUACAGAGUGUAAUUUUUUUGCAGACGGCCGAAAGUAAGCUCAUUCGAAGGCGGACAUUCCGCGGUAACUGCAAUAUUAUAGAAUUACGUUGCAGACUGACUAGUUUUACAACCCUACUUAAUUAAUCAUUUCGAAAUGAAAACGCAUUUCGGAAUUUCGGUUGAUAUUUCAUGAGUUAGCCCACCUACUGUACUUAGAAAACCACAAUCAGGCGCAAACUGGCAACCACUGAAGUGUCCUAAUGCUGCACUAUGUAAUCUAAUAUGCACAAGAGAAAAGUGGUUAUGUUUAGUGCGGCUUGUAAGCGAAAAAUGAGAGACAGACUGAACUAUUUGUAAUGUGACGUUCCUGCCACAACAGUACGCUUAUCGCUAUCGGGCCCUUCACUAACAGUCAAAAAUCAGAUAUGACAUUCAAUAGCCCGCUUUCCCCAUCAUCAUGAAAGAGUUGUUCGACAGUCGAAAACCGUUGAAGCAUAAUGCCUAUGAUGUUUCAUUAUGUCCGUUUACGACUUAAGCUGUUUCUGUUCCUUUCAGCGUAGGCAGACAUCAGCUAGAUCCUUCUGCGUUACGCCUUGUAUUAGUGUUUUUUUGGUAGAUUGAGCAAAAUUUGUUUUGAUCAGAAUAAGAAGCGAUCGGUGGAACAAGAACCUGACGUUUCGGAGAACUCCCUUAUUCUGCAUCGCAAACUGACACUGGUUAAUUAAGUUUUAAUUUGGGAAAAUGUUACCUCACUUGCAAUCCAAGUACCAAAUACUCGUUCUAUUUUAUUCCCAGCGUCCAUGCAGUCACCCACCUAAGCAUAGGUUGCUUGCCAAUGAAAAUGGGAAGCUAAGUUUGCCAACUGCUUCCAUGCUCUCGGUAUCUAUGCAGAGGCAGUAUAUAACUGAAAGUAGGGGAGUGGGUUCCACUAGCUGAAAGGGGUUAAGUGGAAUGUGGAGUUUUCAGUGACAUACGGUCUACGUUUUGACACUCAGGGCGCAUCAGUAUGAUUCUGUAUGUUUCUCAAAUACCCUUGAGCAUGAACGUGUAUUUCUAUACAUUCGCAGGUUAGCCGAGGAAAAACUGCGCAAUGCCUUAGAAUAGGGCAUGCAAACUCCUUCAAAUCGGACGAUCCCUCAAGUGUUCGCAUACUGUCCACUCAUCUGCGGUUUUAAAUGUUAGCUGUGAGAGUCAGAUUGAUUCGCGCGGAGACACGGCUUGUUUUACGUACUUACACAUUCGCAAAGAGUUUGUCGCUUACCAACAAUGACUUGACUUUCACUUCGAAAUCACUCGCCGCAAGAAAUUUAACGUCUCCUAACUAUCAGCUUUUCAGAUUAACACAGGUUAUUGGCUUGUGUUAUGUACAACGAACUAAAAACAAAAAUUAAGUAGGAAAGAAGAUCUUGCUUGGAAAAGUGGGCGACUUUAGAUACGUCUUACUAGAACGACGGACGAAUUUCAAUUGAUCUUAAUAUUUGUUUAUAUCGAGACCUGCCAAUUUUCAAUAAUUUUCCUUUAUUGAAUUUCAUUUGCUAGCGUGCUUUCAUCCUUGUUUACGGUUAGCAAUACUUUCCUUUCAGCUGA